AUGGCGAGCACACUGCCAUACCGACCCUCCAACGACUCCCUGUCUACUAACCCCAAGACCAAUGGACUCCCUCGUCUUUCGCCGGCGCCUUCGUUCCUCGGGCGCUCACCCAGCGCCUCACAUUCCCACCGAUCGUUCCAGCGUUCCUCCACCGACAAUGCGGCGCCCUUCAGGCAGCGCCGAUGCAAGUCACAAUACCCUCUAGACUCGUCGGAGCGCCAUGUGGAGUACAUUCUGGUGGCAUCUUUCCAUAUCGACCGGGGUCCGAUCAUGGAGCAUCAAUACCCCGCUGCUAUUAGUGGUGACGAGAGCAUGUUGGCGGAGCUGAUGCUUCCAGAUCAGACCCACGUCCGAAGUCAGGAUUGGACGAUAUUCUUCUUGCACAAGGACACAAGCGGCGAUGAUGACGACGAUGAAGAGGGUGGAAAGAAAAAAAAGAAGCGAAAGUCAAAAUACCGUACGAAUGAGGAGGGCGCGGAUAUUCAGCACGAAAAUCCAGACGAUGUCGACGACAGCAGUGAAGACGAUGACGAUGACGAGGGCGGAGAAGGUCCGCCCUUGAUGUAUGUGCUGAACUUGGUAAAUACCAAGCAAGAUAAUACUGUCCGACGUGGUGCGGUUGUCAAGGCCAUGGCGAUUUGCACCAGGCAUUCGUUUCUUCACAUCUAUAAACACUCGAAGACUACUUCAAGUCCCCCCUACCCCGAAACGCUUGCUUCGCUCUACGAUGCCGUCAACAACAUGGAUCUUUCGCUCAUGCCCAAAAUGUCGAUCCUCGAGCGCUCUAUCUUACAGUCAAGCAACACAAAGGAGAUGUUUAUUGAGAAAUUCGAGCAAAUGAUUCGUCAACGGGAAGAAGAAGAGACAGAUGCUAGCGAGUGCCCACCAUCACCGAAGAAAAUGGCCCGCCACAUUCUACCGCGGGACACGCACGAGUUCGAGUCGAAGGUGGUCUAUCACGAUAUACCGAUCCCCGUCAAAAUCCCAACCGUGAUCUGGCCCGAGACCGUUGGCGAUUUCUCUCUCGUCAAACUGAUUCAGACCUUCGCCGGACCGCAUGCUACCUCUCCACAACCUUUCCCGAGCCACCCUCAUCUAACCACCAGCGGCCCAUUUACACAUCCCAUCAUUGUUCUCGUCAAUGCUAUUCUCACUCAAAAACGUGUUAUCUUCCUGGGCCACAACAGGCCCUCGGGCGAAGUGGCCGAGGCGGUCCUCGCAGCCUGCGCACUUGCAUCUGGUGGAAUCCUUCGUGGAUUUACUAGACACGCAUUCCCCUAUACUGAUUUAUCCAAAAUCGACGACCUCCUCAAAGUACCCGGCUUCAUUGCCGGUGUAACAAACCCCACUUUUGCCAAUCAUCCAGAGUGGUGGGAUGUCAUGUGCGACCUUCCGACAGGCCGUAUGAAGAUCUCGAGUCAUGUCGAGUCUGCACCAGUGACAGAGGGACUAUUAUUCUUCCAGCAGCAGAACGCACUCUUGCCGAACCACAAUUCAAAUGCCAACUCGGACCCUACUGGAGAUAACCUGUUUAUCGAGGACAUCCUCCGCAGUAUCAGCAAUCGACAUGGCGAGAAUGCGAUCCGUGCGAAGUGGCGAGCCUAUAUCACGAAAUUUACUCGGGUAGCUGCAGCCUUUGAAGAAGCUGUCUACGGUGCCUCGAACCUAUACAUCAUUGGCCCCGGAGAGGAACUAUCUCCCGACAGUCCUACCGGCCAACAAACAGAUCCAGCAGACCCAUCAUCCCUCCGAGGCCAUGGAUAUGUCUGGUCUGACGAAACGGCCAAGCAGCGCGAACUCUCAGCCUCGGUAUCGAGAAUUGAAGGCUGGCGCAACACCCGAUCCUACUACUCCUACAUCCAAGACAUUGCAAGCAUGUACUCCGCCGUCCGACCUAUCCAACGGCCAGAUCUUUUCCACCACCAUGACCGCCUGCGAUCUCUCAAGCUAUCCCACGCCGACUCAGCCGCCAUUUACCUCGCACUAUCUCAUGUAGUCAGGGACUACGCCGGCAUCUGUCAGCUGCUGGUAGUUGCGCCGGAGAACCAAGCGGGGCUAUUCUACCUCAGCAUGGGCCUUUUCCACCCGGACCAAGUCGUCCGCGAAGCAACGGUAGAAAUCCUCGACCGCAUCGCAAUUCACCCAGCCGGACGCCAUUUCUGGACCCAUCUAAGCCGGUUCACCAAAUUGGCAUAUUUCCGAGUCAAACGGGACCGAGACGUGGCCCAAAGCCCCACCUCGGGCGUUGGCUCGCCCACUUUGACCAAUCCCGGUGCCAGUUUCGGCGGCGAGCCGCAAAGUCUAGUCGGCGUUGCGCUCGGAGAUGGUUCUUCCUCACGGAAGAGCUGA